AUGGCACCUAAAAAAGUUAAAGAUAUAACAGAUGAUGAUAAUUAUUGGAGAUUGUGCAUAGAAGAAGCACCGUUAGAUGAUGAAUCGUGGAAAGUUAAAGUAAUAAUGAUAGAAGCGGCUGGAAGUGACCAAGAUCAUAUUUACUUGAAUAAGUUUGAAUCCUGUGCAGCUGAAGAAAGAAGAUUUGUUAUUAAAAAUAUAUGUAAGACAGAAACAAUAUUCAUGGUCAAUCAACUUGGAGGGGAAAAGAAAGUUAAAGAUGAUAAUCUUCGAGUAUUUGAAGAAGGUCAAGCUUAUUUAAAAGAAAAGAAAGAUGUUCCAACAGAAAUAAUGGCUCUAAUUAUCAAAAAAAAUAUUUUGAAAAUGAAAGAUGAGUAUCUUUUUAUUAAAAGACAAAGACUAGAGGUACGUGAAGGAAUGAAAAGAGAAUCAGUUACUAUGAUAAACAGAGCAGAAGUGAGAGGCACUGUUAAUGUUAAGUUGCCUGAGUCAGAACCACCAACACUACCACCACCACCUCCUAAAGGUAAAAAAGGAGAAAUUUCGAACGAAGACAAACAAACUGAAAUAGAUGAAAAUAAAAAAUAUAGUACUUUACUCAGAGUUACAGGUGAAGAAUGGCGGGAUAAAGUGUAUAUCGACGACUUUCCUGCCGAUGGUCCUGAUUUGUAUAUUGCUGUAACAGGAUUUUUAGAACCCGGGCUAGCUGGAUGUCUUCUAAAAAUUGGGAUACCUCUAACAGCAGUAGUUCAAAUACGAAUAGAUCCAACAGUUACAACCAUACCGUCCAGCUUAUUUCGCGCUACUAAAAGAAGGCAAAGUCAAACUGAAAUGCUAGAAGAAAAAUCUCUUAAAUUUUGGGAAGACUUGCAACAGUUGCGUAUAAAUAGAAAUUCAGCAGAUGAUUUUAAGGAUACAGCUUUUCUUGUGUUUUCACCACCAUAUUGGAGUGAAGAGAAGUUAUCAGGAUGUCAUGAAAAAAUAUAUGAUGAGCUAUGCUAUUUAUUGUACGAUAUACAAGAUUUGACCCGACAACACUCUCACUACCUUAAUAAUAUGGAUGUAAUUACUGUACCAGAAGAAUUAAAAGAGGAUUUAUAUCAACAACUGUAUCUUUCGAAGAUAGAAGAGCAACCUUUAGAAUCAAUUAGCAUUUACUCAGUUUUGCAUGCAAUUCUCCAAACAGUGUCUGAACAGAAUCUUCCUAUUGGUGAAAAUAACAGUAAAACGUCUUACUCUACUGUAAACGCACAAAGUGACCAAUAUAUGGAACAAAAACGAUACUGUAAUAAAUCUGAAGAGCUUGUAAGCAAUUUGAUAAGUAAUCUUUGUAAAAUAGAUACAUCAAAAAAUAAGUAUCGUGUAGCUUAUGGAGAAGAAUAUGAAAACCAUAAAAACCCGAUUAUAAUAGAUCAUGGCGACUUUUAUAAAUAUAAAACCUUUCACUUGAGCAACAUUAAUUUAAACAAUAUUGUAUAUUCCAUGCUAUCAGGCAUGCCUAUAAAUAAAAUAUGGAUAAAUAAAAAUAAACCUGUCGGAGAGAUUAAAGCCAAAAAUAAUUUUCAUAUCAAUAUGCUUUUAUCUUGUUUUGAUAGAAAUGACAUAGAAACAGAUGAAUUAAACAGGCUCAUACACAUUUUAGCUUUUCGUAAAGUAUAUAAUAAUAGAAGUUCGCUGAAAAAAGAACAUUUAUUGCCAUCAACAAUAACAGAAUUCAAAAAAAAUUACUUAAAACGCAGUGUUCUUGCUGAACCUUUACCGAAAUCAACGCUUUAUACAUGUGCAAGUUCAAAAUCGUCCUCUUUACAUUCAAUAAUCAAAGAAGUAGAAGAAUUCAGUAGAUCUGUUACAAUUGAAACUGAUGAUGAAACAUGCAGAAUAAGAUUUCUUUUUGAUUGUCCUGAUAUCAGUGAGUUAGCCUCAGCUGCCGAAAUAACAAGUCAAAAACCCAUUAGUCAUAUGAUUGAUGAUUUUGAGUAUUUUGAAGAUUUUGUUGGAAUUAAUGCCUUUCAAAUCAUACUCGAUGCUUUUAACAAAUUUAACUGCGUCGAUUACAAAUAUUGUGAGGUCACUGAUAGUUUUAUUCUGAUGUUUUAUAAUAGUCACGAUAAAAAUGGAAUUGCCAGAGAAGAAUGGCGUUAUCAUCUUCCAACACCCUUAUGCUUGCAAGAUUUUUUUGAUUUUGUUUUAGAGGAACAUUAUGAUUGGAUAAAAAAAGAAGAAGACGCUUAUGAUGAAAAUAUUAAAAUAAAAACACAAUCAGAAUGUAAGGAUGCAAAAAAUCAAGAAACUGGGAAAUCAUGUGUAGAUAAUACAGAUGUAGACCUUGAGUUACUCAUGGAGGACUCUUUAAAAUAUGAAGAAAUGAAGGAAUUAGAAGUGGCUAGUCCAGAAACUUCUAAUACAAAAAUAUUGUCUUCCAAAAAAACAAAUUCACCUGUGUCCCAUACUGACUUAGAUUCCAAAAGUAGCAAAAGGAUAAAGUCUCCUGCCUUUCCACCACAAAAAGCUAAUUUCUCUGUAGAAGAAGGAAAAGUGGAAACCAUUCGGAAAGAAUUUUCUGGUUAUAAUUUAAGUGACAGAAGACUUGAAAUUUUUGGAAAAGAUUCAUCAUUUUUUUCUGAAGAUGGCACACGCGUUUCAACUUUUUAUUCCUUAUUAAUACCAAUGAACUUAGAGUACGUUACAUUGAAUAUAGUUCCUGGUAAUAGCUAUAAUGAAUUUUGGAUGCACAAAGCCCUAGGAGAAUUUAUUGAUCCCAAUAUAGUUGAUACUUCUGAAUCAUAUAGAGUUAAAACAAAAGAUGAAUUACUUAUGUAUAUAAAAAAACAAUCAUUUCAAGUACCAAUUUAUUUUGUAAAUCCUUCUUCUGGAAAAACAAUACAUAAAAGUAACAUUGGGAAGUCUCCGUCUCCAGAUUUAGUUAAUACAAGCACGCAGAUUUUUGAAUCUAAAUUAUUUUAUUCACUGAUUAUAACUUGGCCAACAGGACUUGUUACAGAAACUGUCUAUAAAAAUAAUUCUCCAAAUAUUUCACAUAUCAAACAAUAUUAUGUUACAAAUUACCUAAAUCGCACUGAAGACAUGCGAUGUAUCAGCUUAGAUGGAGAGACAAUCAUUUUUAAUAGCAACGGGGAUAUAGAAAUAUUAAAACCAGAUUCUUCGUACUUUAAAAUAACUAAAUGUGAAAAAAGAGCUACUAGUGAGGAACUUUUAGAAGAUGCUCACAGUGCUACUGGUUCGGAUAAAAGUAAAAAAGGAAAAAAUAAAGGAAAGGAAAAACCCACAAAAACUUCUUCUAAAUCAUCUAAGAAUAUUUUAGAGGGUAAUGAACGAGUAGUUGAUUCAAAAGCGACUGAAUAUGAAUUACAUAUCGAAGAAUUUGAAAUUAUAGAAAUUAACGGUUUAAAAGAAAAGUGGAUAAAUAAUAAGAUACAUAGCACAGAAAAAGUUCUAAUUAAAACUGCAACGGAUUUUUGUUUGGGAGAAAUAUUUUCAAGACGUAUGGAUGGAACAAAUACACUAUUAAAUAAAGAUGGUAUACUAAUUGUAACUUUUCCUAAUAAUACAAGAAUUUCUACAAGUUUCAUAAUUGAUAAUGACGACAUAUUUCCUGAAUGGACAGACGAAGAAAAAGAAUAUUUAUCCCUUUUUGAUGUAAAUCUGGAAACAGAUACGAUGAAAUCGAAAGGCUCAGAAUCACGUAAAAGCUUUUCGUCAUCAUAUAAAAAUAGUGCAGAUACUCUCAAUUCCGGUAAUUUUAUAGAAAAUUACGGAAAUAGGAAAGAUGGUUACGUUUCAGUACAUUUGAUAUAUGUAAUAGAGCAUCCUAAUUUUACUACAGUUACCAUCAAUAAAUUCAAUGACAAAAUUUCUAUUGAGUCGCCAAAUGAUACUUGUGUUACAAUAGAUAGUGACAAUAAUUAUGAAUUUUCAUUAGAUGACGCAACAUCUGGACGUUUUAAUGGACAGACCUUGAAUAUUAAUCAUGUAUCUUGCAAGGAAUGUAAUUUAUAUAACAAUUGUGACGUUAAAAUCGCUUCUGAUGAAAUUAAUAGCGUGACUGGAUUUCAAAAAAAUUGGCUAAAAAUGACAGAUUCAUUUGGUAAGAGUAUCAUUGUUAAUGAAGAGGGCAAUAUCAGUAUUAUACAAUCAUCGGAAAAUAAUUUACACUACAAUGAAUCUGAAAAAUCUGAAUUACCCAAUAUGAAUGAACAUGAAGCUACCAAAGAUAAAUCUGAUUCUGUAAUACCCCAUACGAAAUGUAGAGAAAUGUGUCAAGCAAAUUCAUUAAAAUUUUUUGUACUUAGACGUGAACUAACAUGUUCAGAAUUAAUACAUCGAUCUAAUAUAGAAGAAUUUAAGUUAUCAUGUAAAAAGCGCCCCUGGUGUUCCAUAAAUGAGUUCGAUACUUUUAGAGACUAUCGUAGCCUUUGGACUAUUUUAACUCCUAUAUAUCUUACUGAACCGGAGAAAUGGUUGAUGGAGUCAAAAUUAUCUGACAAACCAAAAUAUUUGACGUUCAAAGAUUUGGAAGUUGAUAAUGGAAAAGGAUUUUAUCAUUGGAUGCGUCCUUAUAAAAGAUUUAAACCUAAAUCAAUGAAGCCCGACUCAGUUUUACCAGAGAGACUACCUAGAGCUUUUAUACUACGAACUUUAGAGCAACAGUGGCGAGAGGACAAAAGAGAUCAAUUGAGCGGUGCUAAGGAACUUCUAACUGCCAUACUACGAUACCGAUAUCUUAUGGAAGCUGAUAGUCAAACCCUUUCAAGUGUGCCUGUUCACGAUCUUAGAACUGAAAAUGAGCGCAAAAGUGACGAAAUUGUACAAGUUAUUGCACAUAGGGUAUAUGAAGAUAUGAAGAAUCGUUUGAUGGAAGAUAUUCAAAGCAGAGCUAAACUAACAAUUACCACAAGAGCGCCACCGCCCCCAGAAGAUAUUUCUAGAGAAGAAGAAUUCGAUGAAGAAACUCAAGCAUUUAAAGUAUACGAAAAAGGAAGCGCAAUACAGGAAGCCGAAGUCGCUGAAGAGAUGAGCCCGAAUCUUAAGCGCUACUGGCGUCGUCGUGCGGAGGAAUAUAAAGAGGAACAAUUUUACAGGUAUCUCCUUAGAGAAGAUAACGUGCCUCCUUAUUUUCGAAAUGUCCUGGGUGGUGGUAUUUGGUGGGAGGUGAAUAGAGCUGUUGAUGAUGCAAUAACAAGCGUUGAACGUAAAAAGAUGAAAUGUCGUUGCGACGAGAAA